UAAAAAUAAAAUAAAAAAUAAAUGGAAAAUGCAUGUGAAAUCUGAAAGUACUACUGCUUCACUACAAAAAGGCACACAUAGAGAGACCCACACACCACAAGUGCAGUUUAUAUACAAACAGAACUUCAAUUUCUUCUCUUUCAUUUUCUCCUUGCCUCUGAAUUUCUGCAAUUCGCUCUUAUUUCCGUUGGUAUAUCUCCUCUAUUUCCGGGUGAAGAGCAUGGCGAAUCUGAACGGAGCGACGUCGGAUCUAAGGACGACGUUUUUGGGCGUGUACUCUGUGCUCAAAUCCGAGUUGUUGAAUGAUCCUGCUUUUGAAUGGACCGAAGGUUCGCGUCAAUGGGUCGACCGGAUGCUGGAGUACAAUGUACCUGGAGGGAAGUUAAAUAGAGGCCUGUCAGUUAUUGAUAGCUACAAGCUACUUAAAGAAGAAAAAGGCUUAACUGAGGACGAAGUAUUUCUAGCUAGUGCUCUUGGCUGGUGUAUUGAAUGGCUUCAGGCAUUUUUUCUUGUCCUUGAUGACAUUAUGGACAAUUCUCACACACGACGUGGUCAGCCAUGCUGGUUCAGAGUCCCUAAGGUUGGAAUGAUUGCUAUUAAUGAUGGAAUUAUGCUUCGAAAUCACAUCCCCAGAAUUCUCAAGAAGCACUUCAGAGAAAAGCCUUACUAUGUGGAUCUGCUAGAUUUGUUCAACGAGGUGGAGUUUCAAACUACUUCGGGACAAAUGAUAGAUUUAAUUACCACUAUAGAAGGAGAAAAAGAUUUGUCAAAAUACUCGUUGCCACUUCAUCGCCGCAUUGUUCAGUACAAAACUGCUUACUACUCAUUUUACCUUCCAGUCGCAUGUGCAUUGCUGAUGGCGGGUGAAAACCUAGAGAAUCAUGUAAAUGUGAAAGAUGUGCUCCUCGAUAUGGGUAUCUACUUUCAAGUACAGGAUGACUACUUGGAUUGCUUUGGGGAACCUGAAAAGAUUGGGAAGAUUGGAACAGAUAUUGAGGACUUCAAGUGUUCUUGGCUGGUCGUGAAAGCCCUGGAGCUCUGUAAUGAAGAACAAAAGAAAAUUCUUUUCGAGCACUAUGGAAAGGAAAGUCCAGCGGACGUUGCGAAAAUCAAAGCCCUCUACAACGAGCUCAAUCUCCAAGGCGUAUUUGCCGAGUACGAAAGCCAGAGCUAUGAGAGGCUCACGAGCUCCAUCGAGGCUCACCCUAGCAAACCUGUGCAGGCCGUGCUCAAGUCCUUCUUGGGCAAGAUAUACAAGAGGCAGAAAUAAAACAAAGUAUGUUCCUCUUUCUGAGGUUGUUUGUACUACACUUGAUAUUGUGAUAGGUGUGUGUUGUACAAGGAUGGGGUUUUACGGAAUCCCCCUAGUUUAUCCCGCUUGUGUUUAGUCUUUAUGUUCUGUGAUUUUCCAGAUAUUUUCUUGGAAGGGAAUUGUUGUCAUUCUUUUAGAUUUCAAAAGUGUAGUGUGACCAUUUCUUGGUUUGUGUAGCAGUAUUGAUAAAUGUAAUUUGUGGUGUUCCUAUGAUCUUCUUUUGGAAAUGUUUAAGCCAAUAAAUGUUGAGAGCUGAUAACUGUUCCAUCCGCAAUCAAUAACUCCUUUAAAUUACGUGUUGCGGUCAGCUUUCAUGGGCUGGUUAGGCACGAUGAGCUCAUGAAAACAUCAG